AUGCGUUACGAGGAUGUUCAAUUCCACAUCAACAUCAAAAAAGAGGAGAAACAGCAAGACGUUUUUGAUGAUGAUGAAGAGAAUCCGCUUGCGAAAAUGGAGUUAAAAAAGAAAAAAGCGUCUUCCGUGCAGCCUUCGAGAAUGAUGAAAACGAUGUUGAUGCCGACUUGCGAAAAAACUGCUGAGAAGCCCGGAGAGCAGUUCCUUUUUGCUCUCAACGAGAAUAUGAUUCCAGUAUCUUGCUAUCAAUUUGAAAAACCCAAAGAUUCGAAAAACGCGCCAACCCCAAGAAAACUUGGAAACAAGGGUGGCGUAUCGAAGUAUGCCCCUCCUCCCACUCCGGGUGGUGAUGGUCUCGCCACGAAAGAAACAACAACGAUCCUACAAAAGAAUCAAUCGGCCAAAUCAAAGAAGCAAAAGUCGAUGAAAAAGUCGUUGAAAUCGAAAGCUGACGGAAAGGCGAAUAUUCCAGCAGGCUUGUUGCCGAAGGAGCAACCCAAUGAAAUGAGAGCAUCUGCUGAGAGAACUCAAGAUUCUGUGGAUGCCGUUGACGCGGGUGGAGGAGCUGAAACGAAUGUUUCCACGAUGCAAGGUGGUGGUCAGCAAAUUCCAGGAGUUUCGAUGUACAUUCCAGCAGAGCCACCGAAAGGUGCCGCCCAAAAAGGGAAGAAACGAGCCGCCGAGGCGCACCGCGCACGACAGAAGCAUAUCGAGGCGCAAGCCGCGUUGGCAUUGGCUGCUGAAGAGGAAUCAUCGAAAGAGAACUCGCCGAGCAAAAUGACGGUGGCGAGUGGGGUGUCGAUGGCGGGCGCGCCGCCCAAAAUCGACUUCACCGAGGCGAUUCAGGAUUCGCCGAGAUUUCGCGCCGCCAUCGCACAGCAUACCACUUAUUUCAAUCGAUUGGAGAAUCGACUCAAUGAGAUGCUUAGGCAUGUUUCGGCUAUGAUUGAGCAGAGCAAGAAUUAUGUGAACACGUUCUAUAAACUAACCGUGUCGGUGAAUCAACUUUGCGAGGAGAGCUUCGCUGGCAAUCCACUAGCUCAAUCGACAUUUAGUGCGCUUUCGGAAGCCUACGCGCACACUGUUAGCCUCUCCAGAACCUAUUAUGAGCAUUCGAAUGUCAUAUUAUACACGAAACUCUCAAAUUUCAUCAAAGACGAAAUCGCGAAAGUUGCCGAAGCGCGCGCGCACUUUGAGAACAUGUCGCAAUCGAUGGACGAGGCGCUUUUGAAGAACGCGUGCGGUUCGCGGCAGAAGCCCGCCGACGCCGCCGAUGGCAGGAACGCGCUGACAGCGGUUGGCGCCUGUUUCGCGCACACAACUCUCGACUAUGUGGCGCAGAUCAAUAUUGCGCAUGCUCAUAAGGAUCAUAUGAUUCUCGACGCGCUCUGGUCGUUCAUACGCGAGUCGUCGGCGUUUUUCUCCAAGGGCCACGCAACGUUCGACGAAUGGACGGCGGCCGACAACGGUGGCGUCGCCGACACGAUUCAGACAUUCGCCGCGAAAUCGAAGCUCAUCGAACGCAAAAUGCAGGAUGUGCACGCGCUUGUGCCAAAGGUUUGA